GCCUCUACAUGAAAUCAGGUCAAUCGCCAUUUACGUAGCCAGGAAACGUGAAGGCGCCACCGCAUCCAACAUUAAUAAGGAGGACCGACUCAGCCGUCGGUCGUGUGUCAGUGGGAAUAGGAGGGGGCGGGAUCCGCUUGGUCGCACCGGAUCCGUGGCAGAUUCGGGAAUGCACCAAAUCAUGGAGAGGAUGCUGAUGAGAAGAGGAAGCGACCGAGAGAGAGAGAGACAUGUCAACAUGUCAUCUCCAAGGCGGAGGAACUCUUUGGGAGGAACCAUAUAAACCCUCGGAUUCCCGCUGGGGAAGACGAGGAUAGCAUCCCCCAAGCGUAUCCCCUGCACCGAUCCUAUCGUACUGCCCGCGUGUGUAUAUAUCCUUCUUCGUCCCUCUCGUGCCCUCUGGCGAGUCGCUUCGUCGGAGUCGGAGCUGAUGUCUUCAGUUGGUAAUGGCGACGGCUGCUGCGCCGGCGGAAGCGACGGAGGGCAACGGCACGUGCUGGCAGUGGACGACAGCUCCGUCGACCGCGCCGUCAUCGCUGGCAUCCUCAGAAGCUCCAAACUCCGAGUCACCGCCGUGGACAGCGGGAAGAGAGCUCUGGAGUUGCUCGGCUUGGAGAAGAAGGACGUGAGCAUGAUCAUCACCGACUACUGGAUGCCGGAGAUGACAGGAUUCGAACUACUCAAGAGAGUGAAGGAGUCCUCCGAGCUGAAGGAGAUUCCGGUGGUCAUCAUGUCCUCCGAGAACGUCCCCAACAGGAUCACCAGGUGUCUGGAGGAGGGAGCAGAAGAGUUCCUGCUGAAGCCCAUCAGGCCGUCCGAUGUGUCGCGGGUCUGUAGCCGUGUCCUCAAAUGAGGACCGUCGGAUCAACAGUUGGCUUCUCAUAGUUAGAAUAAUACGAUGCCAUGUGCGACUCCUCCUCCAUCAAAUUUCGUGCACCACAUGAUUUGUGGGCUGAAUUUGAUCCCUAAAUGACUCCAAUCGAUCGAUCGAUCGGAAUCUUCCUUUGUCGAUUGAAUUAUCGCACCAAUUUGACAUCAUUAUCGAUAAUAUCUUUGCA